CCAUAUGUCAAUUUUGCACCGAUUGUCUUUUAUUCCACCGAAUUGUGUUUCAUUGCACAUGUUCAUUGAUUUUUGUGGAAUUUAGGAAAAGUAAACAGAUUUUCCUUAAGAAAUGGGUGGUAUAACAAGCCGAUUCCGUGUUUCCAACUCAGGGUUAACCAGCACCGACAUUAAAAAUUUAGAAGAUGCAAACAAACGUGAAAAUCCAGGAACUUUAGAUGAAUUGCACAAAAAGACCAAAGAUGUAAUGCCGGUGAACUUUGAAGGUGGUAAACUGAUGGUGAACAGGGGAAUAUCCAAUCACUUCCAGAUGUCGCACACGCUAACAAUGAGUUCCGCACAGAACGGCUACAAGUUAGGAGCGACAUACAUUGGGACAAAGCAGAUAUCCCCCACCGAGGCCUUCCCUGUCGUGCUCGGUGACGUGGACCCGGCCGGCAAUGUUAACUUUAACUUUAUACACCAGUUGACUCCUGAAGUGCGGCUUAAAGCUGCUGCACAGAUUCAAGAAUGCAAGCUAACAGCCACACAAGGCACGUUGGAGUACAAAGGGUCGGAUUAUACAUUAGCAAUGGCGUUUGGUAAACCAGACUUUAGUGAAAAGUCAGCUGUUGUUGUUGGACAUUACUUGCAGUCGGUGAGCAAGCGGCUGGCGCUGGGCGCGGAGCUUGUGUACCAGUCGAGCGCGCGAGUCAUGGGCGGAGAGAUCGCUAUCGUGUCCGCAGCCGCAAGAUACACUAUGGACGAUUCCGAAGUGUCGGCAACAUUAGGGCCGGCCAGCUUCCACGUGUGCUACUUCAAACAGGCCAGUGAACAGUUGCAAGUGGUAGCAGAAAUGGACACAUCGUUCCGAGGGAUGGAGUCGACGGGCACCAUCGGCUACCAGGUCACCAUACCCAAGGCAGAGCUGGUCUUUAGAGGUAUGGUAGACUCUAACUGGAACAUAGGCGCAGUCCUCGAAAAGAAGCUGCAGCCGCUCCCGUUCACGUUCGCGCUCUCGGGCAUGGCGAACCAGGCCAAGCAGCAGUUCAAGUUCGGCUGCGGCCUGAUCAUCGGCUAGUGACAGUGUUUGUGUUAGUGCAGUGUUAGUGAUACCCAACUGUGUGUUUGUGUGAGUCGUCGAAAUGAUAACGGUUCGAUUUGUUUCUGUACGCUGAAGAUUUUUGAAGUGAAACUUCUUUGAGAGUAAAAUUACAAGGUCCCGUCAUGGCUAUACCGUCGCAUCAUAGAGUAAGGCGACGAUUUUGGUAUCUUUGCAUCUUGCCAAAGAAGUUUCACUUCUGACACGUGUGCUCGGCACACACGCUCCUUUGUAUAAUGUAACCUCCCAAAUGCUGUUAAGAGGUCACCUGCUUUUGCCAAUAUAUUGAAAUAUGUGUAUAAUUUUAGUAUACAAUGAUCUUGUUCGAAUAAACCAUCAUAUUGAAUUUCAUUAAUAUACAAACAACAUUUAAGCACAAAAUAUGCUACGCAAGUUCGCUUAUGCCAUUGUCAGAUCAAUAAAAUUGCCUCGCUCAAUUAUUUUAUUUGCCAUUACAAGCUGAUAAUUGUUUUACACAAAUGUACGACAUCAAUAUUUCCUUGUACUUAAACAAAGAACAUAUUUUUUGAACUUUGACUUUUAUAAUUGGAAAAUUUUACUGAUUCUGUUAAAAAUUACUUGACUUGUAAUGUCAUCAUAUAGCAUUUUUUAUUCAUUAUCAUCAGCUCAUUAUGAUCCCACUAUUGGGACAUGGGGCUCCGAUAAGGGUACAGACCAUAAUCUAAAACACUGGCCAAGCUCAGUUUAGCAUAUGUCGGUUUCCGUAAUGGUUUCCUCACAAUGUUUUUUUCCAUUAUUUUGUUUGUUUGAAGAAAAAAUAUUAGCAUUAGAUAAACUUUUACAUUUUGCCAGAAAAAAGAUCGACUGCUCUUUUAAUUCAGUCAGGGUUACAACAGAAUCAGUCCCAAUGUUGGAAUUUAUAAUUUUAAUAUCAACCAAAUAUUAUGAUAAAAGUAUGUGAAUGCAAGUAAUUCAUAUUAUUUUUGUGGUCAGGUAUUUUGUAUACAUAUACUUUAAGUGUUUACAUGGUAUUCUGUGUGUUCUUUUGCUUUCCACCAGAAAGGCAUUUAUGACAAUAUGGUCACUAUUAUAAAUCUUUGAUUGUAGUUUUGAAGUGAAACUUCUUUAUCGGGGUUGGAAAAAAAUUUAGUGUAACAUUUUUUCGUUACGCGUGACAUUUUUCCGUUACGCGCCGUCUUUUUCUUAUCCCUACCACGCGUAAUUCGACGUAUUUCUGUAAAGUUGCAUAUAGUAAGUUAUUUUUUGAAAAAUAAGGUCAUAAAGAAGUUUCACUUCUUACGUGUGUACACUAGUACACGCACACAUUAUUUUACAAUUGUAAUCAGUAUUUAUAACUUGAUUAUUCAAUGCAUUUUGUUUUAUCAUCAAUAGUUUAUUCAUUUUCAUCUAAAAUAUUGUGUUAAUUAUAUUAAUAUUGGCUGUUAGUUAUAUUAUAUAAAAUCUAUUGUAUUUGAUUGUAAACUAUGUUACUUAUAAAGAAAUGAAUCAACUCUAGUAUUCAUAUACAAAAGUGCAAAAGAGAUUUAAUUUAUCGCAAUUAGAUUCAAUUCUUUAUUUGUAUGCAUUUUCAUUAUAAAAGUGACCAUGUCAGCUGUUAUCCAUCCUUAUGUACAAUGUAUGAAUGUAGAUAGAUAUGGCGUAUUGUAAAUAGGGCCUGUUGUUAAACUGUUUAUUUUUAAUAGAGUUAUGUUAAUUAAUCAA